AUGUCGCAGGUUUACAAGUCGGAGCUCAAGGACCAGUUUGUGGAUGCAACUCUCGAGGAGCGUCGUCUUCACGAAAACAAGACCCACAAGAAGUACUGGCUGAAAUGGGGUCCCUACCUCAGUGAACGUGCUUGGGCAACGGUUCGCGAAGAUUACUCAUUAAGCGGUGACGCCUGGACGGACUUCCCGUUCGAGCAUGCAGCCGCCAGAGUCUUCAGAUGGGGCGAGGACGGAAUCUUUGGUGUCUCGGACAAUCACCAGCUUAUUUGCGCCAAUGUUGCCAUGUGGAACGGCCACGAUAAGAUUCUCAAAGAGCGGAUGUUCGGUGUAACUGGACCUCAGGGCAACCACGGCGAAGACGUCAAGGAACUAUAUUACUACGUUGAUAACACCCCAACUCACUCGUACAUGAAAGCGCUGUACAAGUACCCAUUUGCCAAGGCGUACCCUUACGAAGAGCUCGUGGCCAAGAACGGCGAGCGUGGCUACGAAGACCGUGAGUUUGAAGUUUACAACAUUGACGGUCUUUACACUAGCGAAGAACACGGCGAUACCCCUUAUUUCGACGUGGUGUUUGAAAUGGCAAAGGGUGAUGAUAAUCCCAACGAUUUGAACUUUAGAAUCACCGCAUACAACAGAAGUGACAAGCGUGCGGGGGAGCUUUACUUGAUGCCUCAAGUUCUCUUUCGUAAUAAUUGGGGUUGGUGUCGUAGCACUGCCGAUAAACCUGAACUUUCCAAAGGGGGGAGUAAUUAUAUCAAUUUGCAGUGCAAGAAAUAUGGGCACAGAACUGCAGUGUUUGCUCCAUCUCCAGGUGGAUUUGAUGACGAAGACGGUGAAAGCCAAGAUGUAGAGCCACAAUUGUUGUUCACGGAGAAUGAAUCGAAUUUGGAAAAACUGUUUGAUAGUGGGCCCAAUCCUGCACCUUUUGCCAAGGAUGCGUUUCACGAAUACAUUGUGGAACACAAUGAAGAAGCCGUCAACCCAAAAAACGUUGGCACCAAAAGUUGCGCUGUCUAUCAUUUUCCCAAAGUGCCCCCAGGCGAAUACGUCACCGUUAGAUACAAGCUUACUGAUAUUGAACUUCCCAAGUACAAUGACGAAUUGGUCAUUGACGAAGAAGAAUUCGAUGCGAUCUUCGAAAGACGUGAACAAGAGGCGGAUAACUUUUACUGGAAAAUCACUCCACUGCCUAUAAGUGACGAGCUCAGACGUGUACAGAGACAAGCAUUUGCUGGUCUUUUGUGGUCCAAACAAUUUUACCACUUUAUUCAAGAACAAUGGCACAAUGGUGACCCUAAUGUUAAACCUCGUCCUCCUCCAAACAGAGCUAACGGCAGAAAUAAAGAUUGGAAGCACAUGUACAUUGAUGAUAUUUUAUCUUUGCCUGAUAAAUGGGAGUAUCCUUUUUUUGCGUCUUGGGAUACAGCAUUUCAUUGUAUACCAUUGGCCAUGGUUGAUCCCGAAUUUGCCAAGAGACAGUUGGACCUCAUGACCAGAGAAUGGUAUAUGCAUCCAAACGGCCAAAUGCCUGCUUAUGAAUGGAAUUUCGGCGAUGUCAACCCACCGGUUCACGCUUGGGCUGUUUAUCGUGUCUUCAAGAUCGAAAGAAAUAUGUAUAAGCGCGAAGACCGGGUAUUCCUGGAGCGAGUGUUCCAAAAACUGCUAUUGAACUUCACUUGGUGGGUGAAUCGAAAAGAUUCCAAUGGCCAAAACAUUUUUGAGGGUGGAUUCUUAGGAUUGGACAACAUUGGAGUUUUUAAUAGGUCGGAACCUUUACCCACAGGCGGUGUAUUAGAGCAAGCAGAUUCUACAGGUUGGAUGGCAUUUUUCAGUUUACAAAUGCUAAACAUUGCGUUGGAGCUGGCCAAAGAAAACCCUGUUUACGAGGAUAUUGCGUCCAAGUUUUUCGAACAUUUCAUUCUGAUCAGCGAUGCCAUGUCCUUCGACUACACGAAGAACAGAGAGGGCGAAGAGUUCCAUGAAGAGGUGAAAGAGUCUCUCUGGAACGAAGAGGAUGAAUUUUACUAUGAUGCUAUCUCGUGGGGAGGUCCCUUUAGACAACAACUUCCUAUAAGAUCUUUGGUUGGUUUGAUUCCAUUGUAUGCUUGUAUGACUUUGGAGCCCCAAAUUCUGGACAAAUUUCCGAGCUUCAAGAAACGCCUAGACUGGUUCGUCAACAACAAGCCUGAGAUUUUUGGAAGGAACAUUGCUUCUAUGCAAAAAAGAGGAGUGGGCGAAAGAUUGCUUUUGUCAUUAGUUACCAAAGAGAGGCUAGAAGCGAUUUUGAGACGUAUGCUUGACGAAAGCGAGUUUCUGUCUGAUUUUGGUGUCAGGUCUCUGUCGAAAUAUCACGAGGAACACCCUUUCUCUAUGGAUGUCAACGGAACCCAGUACACUGUCAAGUACCUUCCUGGCGAAUCAGAUUCAGGGAUGUUUGGCGGCAACUCAAACUGGCGUGGACCUAUCUGGUUUCCUGUCAACUUUCUCUUGAUCGAAUCUUUGCAGAGAUUCUUUCUCUAUUACGGACCUGAUUUCAAAGUGGAGUGUCCUGUUGGUUCCGGUAUCAUGUUAAACUUGGCGGAGGUUGCUGAGGAGUUAGAACAUAGGCUGAUUCAUCUGUUUAUGCCAGACGAGAAUGGCGUACGUGCUGUUUACGAUGGCGAAAGUGCCAACAUGCUGUCCGAAGAUGAGCAUUUCAAAGAUCUCAUUCCCUUCUUCGAGUAUUUCGAUGGAGACAGUGGGAGGGGUCUUGGGGCUUCUCACCAAUGUGGCUGGACCGCUUUGGUGGCUAAGUGGAUUCAUGAUGCCGGCGUUUCAUGUCUCCGCCUGCCUAGGAGUUCAAGAAACUCAAACUCUGCCGCUGCCAGUGUUUCAUCUCGUGCUUCUUCGCCAACAAGGCCAGGCCUUGGUCGGAUGGCUAGGCGCAAGAGUGCGAAAUCCUUGGUCAAUUUGACAAGUACUUUGCUGGACCUGACCGAAGAAGAAAAAAGGUUGCAUAGGCUUGGCAACGUCCGGAAUCGGUCUGCUUCACGUGGAGCUGCUCAGAGGGCAGAAGAACCACUUCCAGCGGAUUCCGUUAACAGAGAAGUGGAUGAAAAGGGUUCCAAAGCUCCAACCACUCAUGACUCUGAAGCUGCCAUCAUUGAUGAUUUGAAGGAUAAGUUGUCACACUUUAACAUUGAAGACGCCGCCGAGGAGAGAGCAGAUGAAGAAGAGCUCUUGAACACUCGUGAUGAAGCGUGA